CCCAACCAUAAUACACCAAACCACCGUAGCCCCGUCGAUCGCCACCUUCCUCCGCCGUGAAACACCGUGUUCAUCUGGAAAAUCGCAAAACUCUCGAUAAUCUCAACCAAAAUCCAAAACCCAGUUCGGAAAACCAAAUUUUGGAAGUCUCUAAAUGUUGAAAACUGUCACUCUUUUGCGUUCAUCACUGAGCUUCCGUGCAGCUUAUUCACUGGAAAUCUCGCCGGAAAACGCCAUUGUUUCUUCAAAGGGUAAAUCUUUUUACCAUUCUGAAUCAACCCUUUUAAGUUCUUUGAACAAAAAUCAUGAUGAAUUUUCAGCUGAUGUAGAAAAAGUUUAUAGAAUUUUAAGAAAAUUUCACUCAAGGGUUCCUAAACUUGAACUUGCUUUGUUAGAAUCUGGUGUUGUAGCUCGUUCAGGGUUAACUGAACGUGUUUUGAAUCGUUGUGGUGAUGCUGGGAAUUUAGGGUAUAGAUUUUUUGUAUGGGUGUCAAAGCAACCUGGUUAUAGGCAUAGUCAUGAUGCUUAUAAAGCAAUGAUAAAGAUUUUAGGGAAAAUGAGACAGUUUGGUACUGUAUGGGCACUUGUUGAAGAGAUGAGGAUAGAGAAUCCUCAGUUUUUGACACCAGAAGUGUUUAUUGUGUUGAUGAGGAGAUUCGCGUCGGGGAGGAUGGUAAAGAAAGCAAUUGAAGUAUUGGAUGAAAUGCCUAAAUAUGGUGUUGAGCCAGAUGAGUAUGUUUUUGGGUGUUUGUUGGAUGCUUUGUGUAAAAAUGGUAGUGUGAAAGAGGCAGCUGCAUUGUUUGAUGAAAUGAGGUUUAAGUUUAGCCCUACGAUUAAGCAUUUUACGUCGUUGUUGUAUGGUUGGUGUAAAGAAGGUAAGCUUAUAGAGGCGAAAGUUGUGUUGAUGAAAAUGAGGGAGGCAGGUUUUGAGCCUGAUAUCGUGGUUUAUAACAAUUUGCUCAAUGGUUAUGCUGUGUCUAGGAAAAUGGCUGAUGCAUUUGAUCUGUUGCAGGAGAUGAGAAGAAAAGGUUGUAAUCCUAAUGAAACUUCGUUUACGAUAGUAAUUCAGGCACUUUGUUUGCAGGACAAGAUGGAGGAAGCUAUGCGGGUAUUCUUGGAUAUGGAGAGAAGUGGAUGUGAAGCUGAUGUCGUGACGUAUACUACUUUGAUAAGUGGAUUUUGUAAGUGGGGAAAGAUUGAAAAGGGUUAUGAACUUUUGGAUAAUAUGCUGCAGAAAGGGUAUAACCCAAAUCAGACUACUUAUUUGCAUAUAAUGUUGGCUCAUGAGAAGAAGGAAGAGUUGGAAGAGUGUUUGGAACUUGUGAAGGAAAUGGAAAAGAUCGGUAUACCUCCUGACCAUAGCAUCUAUAGUAUAGUAAUCCGCUUAGCGUGUAAAUUGGGGGAAAUCGAUGAAGGUGUGCGAGUAUGGAACCAAAUAGAAGCAAAUGGGAUCAGUCCGGGGGUUGACACCUUUAUCAUUAUGAUUAAUGGUUUUGUUGAACAAGGUCGUCUUAUAGAAGCGUGUGAUCACUUCAAAGAAAUGAUUGGAAGAGGUCUUCUGUCUGCUCCUCAAUAUGGUACUCUGAAGGACCUAUUGAAUUCGCUUUUACGAGCAGAAAAGCUUGAACUAUGUAAAGAUGUCUGGAGUUGCAUAACGACCAAAGGAUGUGAGCUUAAUGUGUCUGCGUGGACCAUUUGGAUUCAUGCAUUGUUUUCAAAUGGACAUGUGAAAGAGGCUUGUGCAUACUGUUUAGAUAUGAUGGAUGCUGGAUUGAUGCCUCAGCCCGACACAUUCACCAAGCUUAUGAAAGGUCUAAGGAAGCUUUAUAAUAGAGAGAUUGCUGCAGAGAUUACAGAAAAAGCGCGGAAAAUGGCUGAAGAGAGAAAUAUGACUUUCAAGAUGUACAAGAGGCGUGGGGAAAGAGACUUGAAAGAAAAAGUUAAGACACAAUUGGAUGGGAGAAAGAGGAGAGCUCGUCGAAGACGUUGGGGUAGCCAUCAUAGUCAGGACAAGACAUUAUGAUAUGAGAUAUCACUGAGGAGGAUGCUACUACAUUGAUGCUGUUUGACUGCAUAUUACGCGAAGGAUACAGACCUUGCGAGCUUUUUGUUCAAAAAAGCAGAAGAGCUUAAAAGGGUCGAUUUAGAAUGGUAAAAAGAUUUACCCUUUGAAGAAACUGAGGUGUUUUCUGGUAAGAUUUGACAUCUGACUUCUGAGAUGCUUGAAAUCUAUUGAAUUGUUAGGUUCACGACUGUUGAUUGUUGUUCCAAGACUAGAAUGAAACAAGCCUACAUCACUAGUGACCCUGUGGUUCAAUAUAUACUUGGAUGUCGAUUGCUUGCUAAUGUACCAUGAGACAAAGUCGAUUAUGUGAUCUUCCCAUAUAACAUCGACAAUAAGUUCCAGAGUAUCUUGAUCGUCUUCAACAUCAUUGAUAGGUCUCCCCUAUGGUGUACGAUUCUUAUACUUGUAUGGUAGAGCAUAACGUUGCUGUUCGUGUAGUUGUCAAUGCAUUUUUCAUUAUGAUUCUUGUUUUCCUCCCAUUGACAUGUUUCUAUGGGAAGAGAUACACCUUCAAGACUUUAUUUGUAGCUGAUGUUAUAGUGAAAUUGUUACAUGAACUUUACAGAGCUUGUUAGUACAUCUAUUGAGAAAAAGAUGCAAAGAUGUAAAAAGUUGUUAUA